AUGGCGCCUAUCGAUGACGAUAAAUCGGACAUAGAGAAGACACAGGAAGAGAGGAAGAGGAUGGAAAAGCAAUUGGCCGCGCUUACCUCCGUCACCUUCGAUACAGACCUCUACGGUGGCACUGACAAGAAUUCCUACGUCUCCUCCAUCCCUGUCAAUGAAGACGAAGAGAACUUGGAGGCCAUGGGCAAUGAGGCGGCUCGGAUGCCGUCGUACACGGCCCCCAAGUCCAUCACGAAGGAGAUGCCGAGAGGCGGCGACGAAGAUGAGGAUUUAGGGUUCAAGAAGACACAGAGGAUUUACGAUCGUGAGGAUGAGUAUAGACGGCGGAGGCUUAAUCAGGUCCUCUCGCCCGACCGCCACGAUGCGUUUGCGGCGGGAGAGAAGACUCCUGACCCGUCGGUGAGGACUUAUAGCGAUAUCAUGAGAGAGGAGGCGUUGAAGAGGGAGAAGGAGGACACUUUGAGGCUUAUUGCCAAGAAGAAGAAGGAGGAAGAGGAGGCGGCCAAGGCAGCGCCUGAGAAAGGGGAUAAGGCAGCUGCGGCGGUGCCUCAGAAGAGGAGGAACAGGUGGGACCAGUCUCAGGAUGAAGGUGGGGCCAAGAAGGCCAAAACUUCGGAUUGGGACUUGCCGGAUAGCGCUCCAGGAAAGUGGGAUGCGACCCCGACGCCAGGAAGGGUUGCAGAUUCGACUCCGUCCUUGGGGAGGAGGAACCGGUGGGACGAGACACCAACACCGGGGCGGUUGGUGGAUUCGGAUGCCACUCCAUCUGGUGGCGCCACUCCCGGUGCCACCCCUGCUGGGAUGGCUUGGGAUGCUACUCCGAAGCUUCCAGGGAUGGCCACGCCCACUCCGAAACGGCAGAGGUCAAGGUGGGAUGAGACCCCUGCCACAAUGGGCAGUGCAACCCCAAUGGCUGGGGCAACCCCUGCUGCGGCCUAUACACCUGGUGUGACUCCUGUUGGUGGAGUUGAGCUGGCUACUCCCACGCCCGGGGCUAUUAAUCUGCGUGGUGCAAUACGCCGGAACAGUAUAAUCUGUUAA